AUGACGAAACCACGAUACAGUCUCUCGAAUACUUCCGUUGCAAGCAGCGUUACUACGAUUUGCACCGCCAAAUCGACAUCGACUACGACUCCUGUGUCUGACAGACCGCCUUUGCGACGGACCAAAGCCCAACGUCAACAAGUACGAUAUCAACUGGCUAAGGUUGCUGAUCGCGAAGCCACCACGGAUCCUGAUUGUACAACCGCCACGUCGCAAGAACGGUUUGUUGCCCAACCCCUCUCGUCUCCUUCUCCCAGUCGGCGAGUUCGCUUCACGGCGUCUACCAAACGACGCGAGUCGUCGCCGGCGCAAUCUCUGUCGCAGCAGUCGCAUUCCUCGUCGUCCACUUCAUCAUCUGCCGUUCCUACUCUCCCAAAUUUUCGUCGCAAGCGUUCCCAUGACUCUCGACAAGGCCUGUGGAGUGACGACGCUACCGUCGAUGGCCGCAUCCCACAUAAACCGCCACGCCCUUGUGGCAGCCUCUCCACAACGCGCAAGGUUCUCCGCGGGGCCGGCAUGGAUGUUUACGCCGUGCAAGAUUCCGGGACCCACCAGCUCUUGUUGGACGAAUGCUUGUUUGCCUGUACGAGUAUUAGAGAGGCUUCGUCGCCUCGAGCGGCCUGGGAGGCGGCCGUGCCCCUGGCUUUCACCCUAGUCCGGAAACAGUCACGACGCCAAUUGUGGCAGUUCAGCACAAGCCACGAAUCGACGGCGGCCUUGUCGGCGAUCUUGGAUUUGUGUGGAACCGUUCCGACGCUGCAUACGCGAUGGAAUCGGAAAGACCCGUUCGUGACCGCGUUUCGGGAUGUCUUGGGUAUCGUUGCGCACUGUCUUUCGUUGGACUGUACGCUGUCGCCGUACGCGAGUACGAAACAAGCGAGUAAAUUUCGGUACCAAAUGUUGGCUCAUCCGGACGCUUUGCAAGGACUACUCAGUCUGGUUUUGGCCGAUCCAAUUACGCACCGCUGCCGCGGUGCCGCAGGAGACGAGGCCGCCAACACGGACAAGGGUGGGACCGCGGACGCAAUAGCAUCAGAUCGUUUACCAGGAGACAUUGGGGAGUCGGUUGUAUCCCAGUCGGAUACGGGACACCACAACUAUCUUCACGAUACGCCCGCUUCGCAGUCGUCUACAGGUAGUCUGGAUCCUACCAUGGCUGGUCGUCGACGUCGCCAACGGCUCCGUACUCAGCAAGCCCAGCCAGUCGGUUCUCCUCAUCGCCGUCUGACCACAUGUCCCGAAGAAUUCACGCCCCCCGCGUCGACAACUGAUUCCGCCGCCCCCAGCGAGUUGCUCAGUUUUGCCUCCCGGUCCCCCGGGGGCGACUCGGUCGCUUCCAAUGACAGCGUCUUGGUGCAAGCGCAGGAUCAGAUGGAUCAGGCGACUGCGCGUGUGUUGGAUACGUUGAAAGACAGAGACCGACACGCUGAAAAGCACCCGCAUUCGUGUGGCAACGACGUGUUGACCCACCCGCUCCAGUCCGUUCCAUUACUUGCGGUCCAACGCAUUGUUACGGGCAAAGCCGACGACAACUCGAAAUCGUGUAUGGAUGAUGAGAGCGUUACAGAUCAGCAGGAAACGAAUUGGGAUCCCUCCCAGACCAAAGGUAGCGACAGACAACCUGAAGACGACGACGACGCCAACCCGCUUUUGCGGACGAAUCGGCUCCUUGGUGAGAACGGAGCAAUUCCAAUGUUGGCGCAAGCCAUGGCGGAGACACUGGUGGCGGUCACAGUGCUAGUAAGGGAUCCGCACGCGUGUGAGGGGUGUUUGCAGUAUUUGCACAUCCGCGUUGCGACGUUGGCGUCGCUGGUGGACGGGGCUUGUUUACUGAAUGACCGCAAUCGACAGGCCUUUUGCAAGGAAGGAUUUACCACCGAAUCGGGAGGUUGUUUAGUCGUGUGUGUCUUGUACGUAUUGGAGUCCUUGCUAAACGCGAACGCUCUGUGGCAGGCCGAAGGUUUGUGUGGUGAAAUCGGACUGGAAUGCUUGCGUACGUUGACUUCUCUCACGCACGAGAAUGAAGUAGCGACUCGUGAGUUAGCCGUGGACUACCGAGAUCUGGGUUGGAACAAGAACACGCGAGGUUUGGAUAUUUUGGCUCGAGUAUUGUGCUUGGCAGUGACAACCAGUGGUCAACCGAGUGGCACAGAAAAGUUGCGAUACGAUGCCGUCAUUUUUUGUCUGAAUACGCUGACAAACAUUGUCGAGUGCGGUGGGAAUCUAUCAAUGAUGGCGACACUCACUUUCCCUGUACCGGUUGGCGACGACUCGGACCAUAUGUUUCUAUCGUGGUUGACGACGUGGCUGGUAGGCGAAACCGGUAGCUUCCGCGAGGCGGUAGUGGCGAGUACGUUGGGCAAUGCGCAGAGCAAACACGCGGAUCGCAAACUCGAGAAUGAAGAAGACGAGCGUUUAGUAACCGCCGGCAACGGCUUUGUUCUCUUGGCUUGCCUCAUGCUUCACAAGAAUGGCGAUACGCAAGGUACAACGCAAGUGCGGGCCAUCCGACAGAUGAUUUUGUCCAAACUGCCAGGCGACAAUGCGGGGGACAAGGUAACGUUCGUCCAAAACACUCUCACGGCGUUUUGCAACUUUUAUCACUAUUCCAUUGGAGAUUUGUCCGUGGCUGUCGUGGCACCGGUGAAAAAGCUGAUUGCCGAGCUGGGAGUCCUGUCAGAAGAUCAGAGCUGGUCCCGUAAUGUCGACACACCAAAUUGGUAG